AUGGCUGCCGUCCACUUCUCCAAAAAGGCCGUGACCAUCCCCACCACCGUCCGCACCUUCGCAUCGGGCGUCCCCGUUGCCCCCCUUGUCAACCUCUCUGUCCGCCAGCCCGCCGGCCACGGGCACGACCACGGACAUGGCGCUGCUGGCCCUCGCUCUGACGUACCUGCUAAGUGGGUGACGAGGGUAUCCCGGUCUCCUUCGGGCCUCGUCUCGCGGUCAUUUGCAAGUGCCCCUGUCACUGGCAUCACCCAGCAUCGCCUCCUGCACACGUCCGUGGCGAACCGCGACGCGCCGAACGUGCCCGACUUCUCCAAGUACGAGGCCAAGAGCGAGACGACGAACCGCGGGCUCGCCUACCUCAUGAUCGGCUCGCUCGGCCUCCUCUCCGCGUCCGCGGCCAAGUCGACGGUGACGGAGUUCCUCGCGACGAUGUCCGCCUCCGCGGACGUGCUCGCGAUGGCCAAGGUCGAGCUCGACCUCGCCGCGAUCCCCGAGGGCAAGAACGUGAUCAUCAAGUGGCGCGGCAAGCCCGUCUUCAUCCGCCACCGCACCCCGGACGAGAUCGAGGAGGCGCGGAACACGGACUGGAAGGGCCUGCGCGACCCCGAGGCCGACGAGGCGCGCACCAAGAAGCCCGAGUGGCUCGUCAUGCUCGGCGUCUGCACCCACUUGGGCUGCGUGCCCAUCGGCGAGGCUGGUGACUACGGAGGCUGGUUCUGCCCGUGCCACGGCUCCCACUACGAUAUUUCCGGACGUAUCCGCAAGGGUCCUGCCCCUCUCAACCUAGAAAUUCCUCAGUACGACUUUAUCGAGGACAACAAGAUGAUCAUCGGUUGA